CGUUGUUUACUGUUUACUUCUCCUAACGUGGAAGGGGUGUGUGAUCGGGCUGUAGAGUCUGCGUGCUGUUUCUGCCUAAUCUCGAGCUUUCCUCCACAUUGCGUCGUGAUGACAACCGCGCCCAAGAAGCUGGUCAAGUCCAAGAGCGGUCUCCGCAUCGUCUCCGCCAACAGCGACGAACUCAGUCCGUUCUUUCUCGACGAACCGCCGUGGACACCCGACCGAGAGAGGUCUGACUGCGUGAGGUGCCGGUGCAAGUUCGACCUCAUUACCCGCCGGCACCAUUGCCGGCGGUGCGGCCGCGUGUACUGCGGUAGCUGCUGCGGCCGCCGCCUGCCCCUGCAGCGCAUGUGCUUCGUGGACCCGGUGCGGGUGUGCCAGGACUGCAGUCCGGCCACCCUGAGGGAGAACGACUUUUACGACCGGCACCUCAAGCUGCUGCUCAAGGGGGCCCGCUUCCUCGUGUCCGUGUCCCCCGAGGUCGACCUGGGCUCCGCCACCGCCCACUGCUGCCGCCUUUCCGGCGACCACAGGGUGAUAGAGAUGGAGAGCAGCCACAGCAAGGACUGCGUGGAGAUCCCGCUCACCAACAUCAUGUCCUUCCGCAUCCUCCGGCCCAACAGCCCCACCGCCGACACGGGUGGCGGGGACGGCGGCGUGACUGGUGUGGUGCUGGGCUACAAGUCUGACCACGAGGGCCAAGUGGUCGUGCAUCUGGGCGUCACGCCGGGACCAGAGGCUGGCACGGGGGCGCUCUGGAUCGUCGCCCUCAACAAGGCAUUCCGGAUGAUCAGGAGCCCGGACACGUCGCCUGACUGACAAGGCGUCUUCCCACGAAUGUCGUCCCAUUCACCGAGGCUUUCCCCUGGCCCACUUGUGCCCACUGCUUGGCUCGCGAGACGUCCGUCGUGCUACGACCCGCAUAGGCGAGGCUACGCUCCAUUUCACUUUGAGUAUGACUCCCGCCAAUGCUACGAUUUGACGCUGCCAACGAAAAGGUGCCAGAAAGUGCGUCGUCGCGGCGCUCGUCAUCUUUGUGUGUUUGCCAUCGCCAGCGAGGCCGAUUGCGCGCAGGGAAAAGCGCGGGAUCGUGGCUCAUCCGCCGCGCGCGAUUGAUUUACUUGGUGGUGGCGAACGCAUAAAGGUGACGAGCAGCGUGACGAUGCAUUUUUGGUGCUGCUCGAUUGGCCUUGUCGGGUGUCAGCUGCUGUCAAACUUAAAGUGAGAUGGAUUACAGGCGGUACCCGCUCUGUUUCUUGCUCGCUAGGUGUACGUACUGCUCGGGUGUUGUUGUUUGCGGAAACUCAAGCGGAGCAGUGAUUGUUGCUAAGCAGUGCGAGACUUGCGACGCAUUUAGAGCGAGCUACCUUCGUGCCCUCGGUUGUUUGGUGUAAACUGUUUUCGAGAGGCCUGUGGUUGUGCGGACGACGGAUGGUUCAAAAGUUUUUGUGAAAUUCCGAGAUUUCUGCCGGAGACUCCUCAAUUUUUGAAUCUCGUGACUUCCAUCUGCGGACGCGAUUCGAAGCCUCGUGUGUCUAUUCUAAAUGCC